CCCUUCAUGACGACUAAAACAACGGGAAAAGGAGACCGCUUGUUACCGUCAUGGGGUAAUUUCAGUUACCAACCAUAACAAGACGAUUUUUAAAUAGUGCAUGUAAUGGGCCGUUGUUGCGAUUGUAUUCAUAAUGACAAAUUAAUUAGUGAGUUCCAGUUCGUCUGCUAAAUUAAAGUUAUGAGUUCAAAAGUUGUUUUUGCUAUCGUUUGCCUUACAUCCGUCCACCUGGCAAGUGAGACCGUUGCUGCGUCAGAGUCACGCACUUUCUCCAUUGACUACAAGAACAACUGCUUUCUAAAAGAUGGAAAGCCGUUCCAGUACGUCUCUGGAAGCAUCCACUACUCUCGCAUCCCACGGUACUACUGGAAGGAUCGACUCCUCAAGAUGUACAUGGCUGGACUGAACGCCAUUCAAGUCUAUGUGCCCUGGAACUUCCACGAGCCAGUGCAGGGUGUGUACAACUUCGAAGGGGGUCGGGACCUGGAGCACUUCCUGGGCCUAGCCAAUGAGACAGGCCUGCUGGUCAUCCUGCGUCCCGGGCCGUACAUCUGUGCCGAGUGGGAGAUGGGUGGUCUGCCUGCGUGGUUACUGGAGAAGCCAAACAUUAUGCUGCGGACAGCUGAUACAGAUUACCUGCAGGCGGUAAGCAGCUGGUUUGCCAUGCUGCUGCCCAGGAUGGAGCGGUGGCUGUACAGCCAAGGGGGCAACAUCAUAUCUGUGCAGGUGGAGAACGAGUACGGAAGCUACUUCGCCUGCGACUACAACUACCUGCGCCACCUGCGCACACUCGUCCAGAACUUCCUGGGCGAGGACACGGUUCUCUUCACCACCGACGGGAACACGGACCGCGAGAUGGUCUGCGGAACCCUGCAGGGCCUUUACGCCACCAUCGACUUCGGCACUGACACCAACAUCAGCACUGCCUUCGAUCGCCAGAGGAGGUUUGAACCCAGAGGGCCGUUGGUGAACUCUGAGUUCUACACAGGCUGGCUAGACCACUGGGGUGACCGGCACGCCUCCGUGGACGCGCAGAAGGUCAGCAAGAUGCUGGGGGAUAUGCUCGCCAUGGGGGCCAACGUCAACAUGUACAUGUUUGAAGGAGGAACAAAUUUUGGCUACUGGAACGGUGCGGACCACGACUCCAGGUACCGCUCAGUGGUGACGAGUUACGACUACAACGCCCCUCUGAACGAAGCAGGAGACCCCACAGAGAAGCUACUGGUCAUCAGAGACGUCAUCAGUAAGGUAGAUAUCGGAGACGUUGACGUUGCCAGUAAGGUAGAUAUCGGAGACGUCAUCAGUAAGGUAGAUAUCGGAGACGUCAUCAGUAAGGUAGAUAUCGGAGACGUCGUCAGUAAGGUAAAUAUCGGAGAUGCCGUCAGUAAGGUAGAUAUUGGAGACUUCAUCAGUAAGGUAGAUAUCGGAAACGUCGUCAGUAAGGUAGAUAUUGGAGACGUCGUCAGUAAGAUAGAUAUCGGAGACGUCAUCAGUAAGGUAGAUAUCGGAGACAUUGACGUUGCCAGUAAGGUAGAUAUCGGAGACGUCAUCAGUAAGGUAGAUAUCGGAGACGCCGUCAGUAAGGUAGAUAUCGGAGACUUCAUCAGUAAGGUAGAUAUCGGAAACGUCGUCAGUAAGGUAGAUAUCGGAGACGUCGUCAGUAAGAUAGAUAUCGGAGACGUUGCCAGUAAGGUAGAUAUCGGAGACGUCGUCAGUAAGGUAGUUAUUGGAGACGUUGCCAGUAAGGUAGAUAUCGGAGACGUCAUCAGUAAGGUAGAUAUCGGAGACGUCAUCGGUAAGGUAGGUGAGUACUGUUGGACUACUGAUGAGGUAGCUGAUGCUAGACUGUGUACAUGGAAAGGGAGAUCCUGAUGAGGUAGCUGAUACUAGACCGCAGCCUGAAGCUUAUCUGCCUAUUUACUGCCCUGAAUUUCCCCUUUCCCUGAAUUUCCCCUUGGGGAUCUUCUAUCUAUCUAUCUAUCUAUCUAUCUAUCUAUCGGUUCUUUGUCGUUUCCCAGUUUCGGAAGGUCCCUGAAGGUCCCAUGCCUCCAGCCACGCCCAAGAUGGAGUACGGCUUUGUGACGCUUCAGAGGGUGGGCAACACCAGUGGCCUGCUGGACGUCUUGACCCCUCAGGGCCCUGUGCAGUCCCACCAA